AGCUGGAACCAGGAAGCGAAAGUACACACAUGGAGGGUGUGUCUGUCCCCCGCCAGCGUCCGUUUUACUCCUAAAAACACGGUCCUCCGCCGACGCACUCAUGGGGGACACGGCCAAGUACAAGCGGCGGGAGCAGCUGAAGCGCUGGGCGGGCUCCAGCACCGACAGAGCGUCGGACCUUCCCCGGCGGAUUCAGCCGGGCGACGCCGCGGACCGAGAGGCCGGGGCCGAGCCGAGCGACCGGCCGGGAGAGCAGCUGGAGUCCGCGGGCAGAGAUGGAGGCAGCCCCGUCCUCAGAAGACGGAAGAGGGUGAGGUUUGACAGAGUGGCUGAGUUUCUGGCUGCUUGCGCCAGCGGAGACACGGAGGAGGCCAAGGCCAUGCUGGAGGAGGCCCAGCGGUCCAAAACCAUCAACGGCGAGAACGUGACGGACCUCAUCAACUGCUCCAACUCUGACGGCAUCACCGCCCUGCACCAGGCCUGCAUCGACGGCAGCGUGGAGAUGGUGGAGUUCCUCGUGGAUCACGGCACCAACGUGAACCAGGUGGACAGCGAGGCGUGGACGCCGCUGCACGUGGCGGCGUCCUGCGGCCACUCGGACAUCGUAGAAUUCCUUUUGCAGAAAGGCGCAUCUCUUACUGCCGUGAACUGCGACGGGGACGUCCCUCUGGACAUCGCUCUGGACGAGACCACCGAGUCUCUUCUCCAGGACUUCUCUCUGAAACAGGGUGUGGACUUGGAGUCGGCUAAACGUAGAGAGGAGGAGCAGAUGAUGUCGGACGCCCGGGCCUGGCUGAACGACGGCCCGCCCGCUGAUGUUCGCCACUCGAGAACCGGAGCCACGCCUCUGCACGUGGCGGCUGCCAAAGGCUACCUGGAGGCCCUGAAGAUCCUGUGUCAGUGCGGGCUGGACGUGUCGGCCACAGACUUCGACGGCUGGACGCCGCUCCACGCCGCAGCCCACUGGGGUCAGGGCGAGGCCUGCCGCAUCCUGGCGGAGCAGCUGUGCGACAUGGAGGCUCGCAGUAACGGGGGCCAGACGCCUUUCGAUGUGGCCGAUGAAAAUGUGUCGGAGCUCCUGAAGGAGUUGUCACAGAAACAAGCCAACUGGCGCAGUGAGCAGUCGAUAUCGGACAAACAGAACCAGCAAGGGUCCAACACCGCCAACGCACAAAACAAGCGGCGGAGGAGUUCAGUGUGCCGGAUGAGCAGCAAAGACAAGAUGAACGUGCAGGAUCAGUCUAAAGAGAGGGGCGUUUCAGGAGGCCUGGAGCUGAACGAGGAGAAGGACAGCAGCCCCGAAAGCUCCACCGUGUCCAGUCCAGACUCUGAGAGCGUGACGGCAUCUACAGUCAGUCCUGCUGAUAAGACGUCCGAGGAGAAGGAGGAGGAGGAGGAGCAGGACAAAGCGAGCCGUACCGCCAGAGUCCAACCGACUCUUCAGACCCGAGACCCCGAGAGUCCGAACGCCGACAAGAAACAGCAGCAGCUCAAACAGUUCAAGGCUCCGGUCAGAGACGAGGAGUCCGAGUCCCAGAGGAAAGCCCGGUCUCGGCUGCUGCGUCAGUCUCGCCGAUCCACUCAGGGCGUGACGCUGACGGAUGUGAAGGAGGCAGAAAAGAACGUGGGUAAAGCCGCCGAGCCGCCGCCGCCUCGGAACGUCCAGUCCGUGAGCCCCAUCGUCACGGUUACGCCCGCAGAAAGGGACGCCGACCCGGUGAAGCCGGCCGAGUCUGAGGGAGACAAACGUCUGGGGGCAAAGGACCGGAGGAAGCAGAGGAAGGAGAGACGCUCCACCGGCAUCGUUCAGCCCAGAGAGAACGACGACGCUGAAGCUCAGCCGGAAGAAACGAGCAGCAACAACUCAGACGACGGUCGACUGGACGUCUCGUCCACAAACUUCAGAUCGCUGUACGUCCAGGUUCUGCAGGAGAACGUCGCUCUGAAGGAGAAGCUGCAGGAGAUGGAGCUGCAGCUGAGCCAGAACAAGGUGGAGCUGGAGAGACUGAGACAGAACCAGGAGGGCGACACCGACAGGCCCGCUCUGCUCGAGCUCGAGAAGUUUGAGAAGUUGGCCCUCCAGAGGAAAGCGGUGGAGCUGGAGGACGAGCUGAAGGUUGUGGGGGAGCUCAGAGCGGACAACCAGAGGCUGAAAGACGAGAACGCCGCUCUGAUCCGAGUCAUCAGCAAACUGUCGAGGUGAACCUGAAGACCGGACGAGACUGAACGUAUUAAAGGAUAAAUCUGUCGUCCGCCUCCGAGGACACGAACCACUAACGGCAGGCGCAGCUCGUUUCAGGGUCGCCGUCCGUCCGGGCCCGUUUUUAAUUCGAAUACUUUUGAUGUUGUUUGGCAGAUCUACUGUAAAACCUGCUGCGGGCCGUCGGCAUCGACUUUUAUAUCGAGUUUUUACUGUUUUAUAACUGGAAUAUUCGCUUCGCUUCAGUUUAAAUCUUUAAGGGACUUAAAGCCACGCACAGCUGUAAAACAUGGAGGAGUAAAAAGAAAAGGGCCAGUUGGGUUGAUCAUAAACACAAUUUAAAUGUGCCAAA